AUGCCGCGACUAUCCCUCAAGACGCUCGUCGACAUGUGCUCGCACCUGCAGAACGCGUCCAAGGCCCGCCUCGGCCUGACCUCCUUCCGCAGCAGCCGGCAGGCCGCCUCUCUCGCCAGCGCCCUCCACCGCGCCGGCUUCCUCUCCUCCGUCUACCGCGCCGGUCCGGUGCCGCCCACCGAGGAGGCGAUGCUCACCGUGCCGCCGGAGCCCGUGACGACCGCCAACGUCGCGUCGCGCCGGCUCUGGCUGGGGCUCAAGUACUGGGAUGGGCGGCCGGUGCUGGGCCAGUGCCGGGCGAUGAGCACGCCGGCGAGGGCGGUCACGGCGCGCCCGGAGGAGCUGGCGCGCGUGGUGCGCGGGCUGCCGACGAAGCUGGACGCGGGCGUCGUCAAGGGCCUGACGCUGGGCGAGUGCCUCUUCCUGGACACGAGCGAGGGCGUGCUGGAGGCGCGCGAGGCGCUGGCGAAGAAGGUGGGCGGCACGCUGAUGUGCAGGGUGUCAUAG